AUGUUUCUCAACUUACUAUUUCUGUUACUUUCCGUUAAAAAAGAAUUAGAUGAUAGACCUUUAGCACUGUGUGAAUAUUAUUUAUCACCAAUUUGUAAAAAUUAUUCAAAUUUUGUAGUUAAGGAAUUGGAAUCUAUAUUAAGAAAUGAUAUAUGUUUUGUAGUAAGUGAUAACACUAGCAGUAUAUUUAGAUAUCAAGUUAAAAGAAAAGGUCUUUCUAUUAUUAAACGUAAGAAUAAUAAGCUUAUACAUGAACCUUUUACAAAGUCACAUUCUUUUUAUUUUUUUAUAGAUAAAGAAGGAUUAGUACAUUACUCAGAUUUAUUGAAUAAGGGAGUACAAGUUGUGUAUUUUACACAUAAUUUAAUAUCACCUAGUAAUUUUAAUCUUCUUAUAAAUGCCUAUAAAAAAAUACAUAGAUAUGCAUUAAAUACAUCUUAUUAUGAAUUUAAUAUUAGAACCCGCCAUUGUAAAAAUUUUAAGGAAUACAAAGUAAGCCAUUCUUAUAUUGGAACUAUACAUAAUACAAUUUAUAAAGAAAAGUGUGAUAAAACAUUAGAACUAUUAAAAGAUCAUUUUACUACCUUUUUUAAUAAAAAUAAUUUAUUAAAUAGGCCGUUAUACGAAGUAGCUAAAAUGUAUCAAGAAAGUCUUUUGAGCUACCUUAAGAAACUUAAUGUUAUAAAAAACUGUAAUAUUUCACAUAUAAACUUUCCUUAUGUUUUUACAAAAGAUCUAACGCAGCCUUUUAAAGACUCUAUUUUAAUUACUGGCGGUGUGUGUUUUAGCGAGUUUUUAUUGAAUUCUAAUGAUUUUUUUAAAUUUGGCACUAGAUUUAUUUUUACUUAUAAAUUUCAAGUCAAUGGAAAAAAAAUACUUAUAGAAUGUGUACAUUAA